AUGCUCAAUAUGCCUGGCAGUCACAUUGCGGGAAACCGCAACAGCACUCCCGAGGCAAACACAACGCCGUCUCUUCGACCGCCUUCUUCGAGAGCUGUUCCUGCUAACAGUCAUUUAAGGGCAUCGGCCGACAUGGCUGCGCUCUCCAACGCGUCCCCUUCCAGCCGCAUUCGACCCUCCUCUGAUUUUUAUGGUCAGUCACAGCAGGGCCAAGGCCAUGGCAACUCCGAGACAGAUGCCCAGGAUAAGAUUGCACAGCAGUGGAUAGCUGAUAUCGACCAAUAUGAGACUACAUUGGAAGAGAUGGCCGCGGCCACCCUCGAUCAGGACUUCAAGGAUGAAUUGAGCGCCAUUGAGCAAUGGUUCAGGGUUCUCAGCGAGGCUGAGCGAACCGCUGCUCUUUACGCCCUGUUGCAACAAACAACUCAGGUGCAGAUUCGCUUCUUUAUUCAAGUUUUACAACAAAUGGGCAAAAACCAUCCUAUGUCAGGCGUCUUGUCUCCUGCCAACUUCGAUAAAGACCCCAUGUCGAAUCGCCUCAGCGAUGCCAUGAACAAGUUGAAUGUGGAUUCUGCCAGAAACUCCCUUGCUCGUCCCUCUAGCACCGCAACUGGCAAGCGACAGUCGGGCCUUGAUCCUUCGACGAUCAACGCUAUGUUUCCCGAUGCUGCUGCUGCCAUUGCCACCGAGAAGGCCAAGUUUACACAGCAGACAGGCAACCCGCCUGCGUCAAACCGCAACAGUGCUGUCGCCGAUUCUCGCCAGCCCUUGGGAGCUCCCACCAUUGCUACCCCUGGCGACAACCAUGACUUAAAUGGACAGAAUCAGGCGUCUCCUUGGACUGGAGGCGAUCAAUCCGCUCAAGGAUCCAAGCCGUCUGGCGGUCAGCCGCCAAUGGGUCAAUUUGUGCAGCCGCCACCGUCUGGCGGCUUGAGGUCUCCCCGCCCUCAAAUUUCGAGCAAUCAAAACAUUCAAAGCACGACUUUGACAACCAGUGACAAACCAGCGGACCUCCCUCUUCUCUCUCCUUACAAUCCUAGUGGUGGAAACUGGGCAUCUAUGGUCAAUACUCCACUGGUGGCCAAUUUUAACGCCAACCCCAGUGGCACACAGGCUGAUAUGGUUGCCAACGCUACUGCCAUGAAACUGGCAGCGCUUUCGACAGUAAACAACCGCUUCGCUCUUGAUGAUGUCCGCAAAUACCGGCGUGCACGCUCGAAUGAUGCUCCUGGCGCUCCAGGCCAGCAAGGGAUGGCCCAGAGUAUCCAGGGUGUUAAUGUUCCUGGUGCUAAUGUCGUAAUGAUCAACGAACACGGACAGGUACUCAGUCGCGAACAGAUGCUUGCACUUCAGGCCCAGAACAUUGGCUUCGGCCAGCAUCGAUCGCGGCCCAGUUCUCCUGGCAUUGCGAUGCAACCUGGAUUUGGUUCUAUGGCAUUCGCUUCUCCACAAAACAAUGGUUUCCUAAGUGCAUAUGAUGGAUCCUCACCGCUGCUUAACAACGGCAUCCCUCAGGUAAAUGUGGGUCAGCUGGGUGUAGGCAAUCAUGAGGGAUACCUAUCUGACCAUUCUGACAUGGUACGCGGCCGUUCACCCAGAGGUCGACGCGGCAGCUCAAAGCCACCUGAAGAUCCAACAGAUCCUACUUUGUUACAGGAUAUUCCUAGCUGGCUCAGAAGCCUUCGGCUCCACAAGUAUACGGAAAAUCUUAAAGAUAUGAAAUGGCACGAGUUGAUUGAACUGGAUGACAAGGCCCUGGAGGAUCGCGGAGUGAACGCUUUGGGAGCGAGGCGGAAGAUGCUCAAAGUUUUUGAGCAGGUCAAGGGUACGUAUCAGCUCCAUCUCCAGUAUAAUCGGAACUGA